UCCCUCUCCCAGCAGCCGCCCAUCUAGGGCCCUGAGCCAAUAAGAGCUCGAGGUAUGUAUGAUUCACCGGGCCUGGGCCAAUCAGCUUGACGCGCGCUCUUCGCCAGCACCUCGCGCGAUAACCUAGCGUCCUCGGCCUUCACAAUAAAAGCUCUUCGCCGGAAAACGACCUUUCCCCGCCCACUGCGCUGACACCGGAAGCGAGGCGUGUCUGGAAGAUCACUCCGCGCUCCGGCGGCGAAGGAAAGAACGGACUCUGAUCAUAGAAGCCUAGUAAAGUAGUACACCUCUCUCCUUUCGUGAGGCCAUAAGAACAAACUCCUUUUCUCGUCACAGCUACGCCCUGGGCAUAAACGGUUGGGGCGUCAAAGGGAGGGAGGGAAGGGAGCGGGCGGGAGGAGACGGUCACGUGGUCGCGGCGGAAGGAUGCGUCUGUGCUGCGUCCCCAUAGAGGCGAAGUCUAUAAAGGGCCGGCGGGCGGCCACUGCAGCCAUUUCUACUUUGCCCGCCCACAGAUGUAGUUUUCUCUGCAAGUGUGCGUUUUCCCUCCUCCCCGCCCUCAGGGUCCACGGCCACCAUGGCGUAUUAGGGGCAGCAGUGCCUGCGGCAGCAUUGGCCUUUGCAGCGGCGGCAGCAGCACCAGGCUCUGCAGCGGCAACCCCCAGCGGCUUAAGCCAUGGCGCUUCUCACGGCAUUCAGCAGCAGCGUUGCUGUAACCGACAAAGACACCUUCGAAUUAAGCACAUUCCUCGAUUCCAGCAAAGCACCGCAACAUGACCGAAAUGAGCUUCCUGAGCAGCGAGGUGUUGGUGGGGGACUUGAUGUCCCCCUUCGACCAGUCGGGUUUGGGGGCUGAAGAAAGCCUAGGUCUCUUAGAUGAUUACCUGGAGGUGGCCAAGCACUUCAAACCUCAUGGGUUCUCCAGCGACAAGGCUAAGGCGGGCUCCUCCGAAUGGCUGGCUGUGGAUGGGUUGGUCAGUCCCUCCAACAACAGCAAGGAGGAUGCCUUCUCCGGGACAGAUUGGAUGUUGGAGAAAAUGGAUUUGAAGGAGUUCGACUUGGAUGCCCUGUUGGGUAUAGAUGACCUGGAAACCAUGUCAGAUGACCUUCUGACCACGUUGGAUGACACUUGUGAUCUCUUUGCCCCCUUAGUCCAGGAGACUAAUAAGGAGCCCCCCCAGACGGUGAACCCAAUUGGCCAUCUCCCAGAAAGUUUAACAAAACCCGACCAGGUUGCCCCCUUCACCUUCUUGCAACCUCUUCCCCUUUCCCCAGGGGUCCUGUCCUCCACUCCAGAUCAUUCCUUUAGUUUAGAGCUGGGCAGUGAGGUGGAUAUCACUGAAGGAGAUAGGAAGCCAGACUACACUGCUUACGUUGCCAUGAUCCCUCAGUGCAUAAAGGAGGAAGACACCCCUUCAGAUAAUGAUAGUGGCAUCUGUAUGAGCCCAGAGUCCUAUCUGGGGUCUCCUCAGCACAGCCCCUCUACCAGGGGCUCUCCAAAUAGGAGCCUCCCAUCUCCAGGUGUUCUCUGUGGGUCUGCCCGCCCCAAACCUUACGAUCCUCCUGGAGAGAAGAUGGUAGCAGCAAAAGUAAAGGGUGAGAAACUGGAUAAGAAGCUGAAAAAAAUGGAGCAAAACAAGACAGCAGCCACUAGGUACCGCCAGAAGAAGAGGGCGGAGCAGGAGGCUCUUACUGGCGAGUGCAAAGAGCUGGAAAAGAAGAACGAGGCUCUAAAAGAGAGGGCGGAUUCCCUGGCCAAGGAGAUCCAGUACCUGAAAGAUUUGAUAGAAGAGGUCCGCAAGGCAAGGGGGAAGAAAAGGGUCCCCUAGUUGAGGAUAGUCAGGAGCGUCAAUGUGCUUGUACAUAGAGUGCUGUAGCUGUGUGUUCCAAUAAAUUAUUUUGUAGGGAAA